GAAAAAUAAUUUUGGUUUGCUUUCUUGAGAUGAAUCUAGUUGGAGGGUUGAUCUCUAAUGUUUUCCUAGGAAUACAAAUGUGAGCUAGCUAUCUUUGUGUCUUGAUCUUACUCUUUUUGAGUUUUAGUUGAAUUAGUUAUGAUUUAUUUGGAUUGAAUUGAACUUAAACACUUUUAGGGCAUUGAAUUGAGCAUAAAUAGAAUCAUUGAGUAUUGUCUAAACAUGUUUCCAUUUGAUUGAAUGUUCUAGGAGUUCGAGUCGUCACGUGGAUAGAGGUGAGUGAUUUAAUACCUAAACACAUGGUUUUGAAGUUGUUUUCCUUAUCGAGCUUAUUUGAACAUGUUUUAUAAAUUAUGCACUCCAUGGAUACCAAUGAAAGGUGGACCUAUUUGUGAAAUAUUUGCGAAUCUAUUUAAUGGCAAUCCCAACAUCCGGUCUUGCUAGGGGGCGGCUUAAUGGCUAGCAAGGGUGUUUGAGGUUGGUGUGUGUUUUGGGAUAAUGCGUAGACGUCUGGCUUAUCCACCACCGGGGACGCCCGGUAGUAUUUGAAUUUUGAAUAGCGGAAUGUGCAUUAUAUUUGGCUUAUGGAUUUGAGUUCUUAGUUUGAAAUUUUAUCAAAUUAUUUUGCAUUAUCCAUGGAAGGCAUGUGAGUUAAGUAUUAAUCAUUCACACGAGCUUUGGCUUAUGGAUUUUCUUUUCCACCUUUCAGGAAUCGACGCGUAGGGUGGGGUGGUGUGGUGUUUACUUUUGGGAUGUGUAUAUUUUUGGAAACUUGUAAAAGGAAGUUAUGCUUGUAGACACUUAGAUCUGUAUAUGGUUUGUUUAGCUUUUGAGUUUGCAAGUAAGCGCAGCUCUGAGAGGUUUACCUUUUGGUUUGUAAAACCUAUGUAAGAUUUUGGUUUGUUAUUAAUAAAAGUUGACUUUUGCUUCCGCUGUUAUGUUUUAGCCUCUUUUGAUUAUCACUUGUUUAGGUGAUAUUUGAUUUGUGAUUUGGCCUUAGUAAGAAAUCACUGGCAUUUGUCAUGAUUAAGACCUCAAGGGGCGGGUCAGGGUCGUGACAAAGUUUUUGGUAUCAGAGCAAUACGUAGGGACAAUGAGAUGCACGACUAGCAAUGGCUCACUCACGUACCCUCAGAGCUAUAGGACAAUUGAAAUCUAUGUGCUAAGUAAGUUAUAUCAAAUGUCUUGCUAUGUGAUUUCUGACGUGUUGAUACAUGAUUAGACAUGCAUAAUCUACAUGAUUGUUAUAUUAUUUGUACAAUGUGAAUUUCCCUUAUUUUGAAUUAGCAAAUGGAGAAUAAUGAUGUGCCAGAGAGAGUACAGCCUUCAUAGUCUUUGGUGGAUAGAAUGGAAAGGAUCGAACGGGUACUUAAGGGGUUACUUCACACAGUGAAUCAACAGGCUCAGAAUAAUCCAUUUAAGAGGCAGAACGUGAGAACAUCUAGAUGGAUUCAGGGUGAAAGUAGUAGUAAUAUUAGCGGGUUCCGGCCAUGUCCAAAAUGUAGAACGAUGCAUAGGGCUCAGUGUUAUAAGGAUACAAGAGCAUGCUUCAAAUGUGGUAAAAUGUGGCACUUAAUGAGGGAUUGUCCAAAGGUGUCAAGGGCAGGAUUUGUGAAAAGGUCAACAACUACAAUUAGUUCAAGAUCUACAUCAAAACCAACGGUUACUACCAAUUCGAGGCAGAGUUCGGGGACAAAAUUGGAUCCGGGAAAAAGGCAGGACAGUGUUCUUGCUUUGGUGCAAGAGGAACCUCAAAAUGUGAACUUGGGGGUGUCAGGCUGAAUGAAACAAAGUAUAAGGGAAAUAUAUCAUUAUGGACAUAUCAAUCUUACUUUGCUUGGGAUGAUCUUAUUCAAGUGAUCGAUGAUGGUUUACUAAAUCUAUUUAUUCUUUACUUAUUGAGAUGGAGCUCUGAGAUUUAUUUUCUUAAAAUUCUGUUCUAGCUAUGGGGUAUUGUGGGAAUUUCUCUAGAAUUCAGAACUAUUCUUUCCCCGCAAUCCAAUAAGCAGUCGAAGUAUACUACACAGGUUCUGAAAGUUGUCAGCCUAUCGUUGUGGUAGCUGAAUUUGUUUUGUAAUGCCUGACGUGCCAAUGAGUUAAGGCUGAACAUAAAAAUCCAGCAGGGUCGCUUCAACCGUUGUCUAUACCAGAAUGGGAAUGAGAUCAUAUCACAAUGGACAUUGUUAUGGGAUUGCCACGCACAAAGGAAGGUAAUGACACAAUAUGGGUGAUUAUUGAUCGAUUUUGACUAAGUCUGCAUAUCUUUUGGCCGUGAAUGUUUUUUUUUUUUUAACUGUAGAUCAAUUGGUUGUAUUGUACAUUAGAGAGAUUAUACGGUUUUAUGGCACAGCGGUAUCUAUCGUGUCGGAUCGGGAUUUGAAAUUUACUUCUUGUUUCUGGAGGAGUUUGUAAAAGGCUAUGGGCACAUAGUGGAGAUUCAAGACAAAAUUUUGUCUACAAACUGAUGGUUAGUCUAAAAGAGUGACUCUGGUUUUGGAAGAUAUGCUUCAAAUUUGUGAUUUGAAUUUUCAAGAAAAUUGGGAGAAAACUUAUCAUUGCUGGAAUUUGCAUGCAACAUUAGCUAUCAGGCAAGCAUAGGAAUGGCAUUGUACAAGACAAUAUAUGGAAGGAAAUGUCGAUCACCGAUAUGUUGGAAUGAUAU